AUGUCGACCGUUGUCGGUAUCGCUGGUCUCACCGGCAAGUUUGCCCAGUGCGUGGCGAAAGAACUGCAAGCAUAUCCUAAUGUCACCAUCAAGGGCUUCUGCCGAAGCCCACAGAAGCUGCCACAGGCGGUUCCGGAAAAAUACAACAUCAGGGUCAUUCAGGGGGGGUUUGACGACGAAGCGGCCGUCCAAGAGUUUGUCCGAGGAACCGACGUCGUCAUCUGCUGCUACUUUGGCGACACCGAUGUCAUGAAUCGGGGCCAGAAGAUCUUGAUCGACGCCUGCGCCAAGGAGGGCGUCCCGCGAUACCUCCCCAGUGACUAUGCCAAGGUCGCUGGAGUGCACGUUUUGGUCGGUGGUCUGAUUGAGACCUUCUGGAGUGAAUACUUCCGCAUCUUUGAUGCUAACACCCAGACGAUUACGUACUGGGGCACGGGUGAUGAGAAGUGGGAUCUGACGACAUAUGAGACUGUUGCCGCCUACACCGCCGCUCUGGCAGUCGAUAAGAACGCCUCUGGCGUCUUCCGCUUCCGAGGGGACUGCAAGAGCGUCUCCGAAAUCAAGGAAAUUUAUGAGAACAUCUACCAAUCCAGUCUCCACCUCAAGCGCCUCGGGUCUCUUGAUGAGCUUUACAGCACUGUCAAGGACGAGUUCAAGAAGGACCCCAACAACGUCAUGGCCUGGGCUCCCGGAUGCUUUACCUACUGGUGCACGAACGGUGUUGCACAUCUUGGUGAUAACCUCGACAACACGAAGUACCCUGACAUCGUCCCAGUCGACAUGGAGGGGUUCUUAAGAGCCCGCAAGAAGGAGGAUGUCGCCAUUGCCGAUCAGCAGCUUGGUUUCUAG